AUGGUCGCACAGCAGGUCCUUAACGUCAAGUGGCUCAACUCCCUCAACACAAAGAACGUCGUCCUCGCCUCCUCUUCCCCCCGUCGUAAGGACAUCCUCUCCCAGCUCGGUCUCAAAUACACCGUCAUCCCCAGCACCUUCCCCGAAACCCUCGACAAGUCCCUCUUCGAACACCCCUCCGACUACGUCAAGGAAAACGCCCUCCAAAAGGCACUCGAGGUUUAUGAACGCUUGAAGGCCGAAGGAAAGACCCCCGAUCUGGUCAUCGGUGCAGAUACAGUCGUCGCCCACGGACCCAGGAUCCUCGAAAAACCCGCAUCAGUAGAAGGCGCCAUCGACAUGUUGGCCAGCCUCUCAGGAUCGACCCACAUGGUCUACACCGGCGUCACCCUCAUCGCCCCUUCGGUCGAGGGCGCCGACAAACCCCCCAGGAUCCUGACCGAUGUUGAGGGAACCGAAGUCAAGUUCCAAACCGUCUCUCGUGAAUUGAUUGAGGCUUAUGUGGCUACCAAGGAGCCUAUGGAUAAGGCGGGCGCUUAUGGAUACCAGACUACUGGAAGUAUCUUGGUCAAGGGGAUUAAUGGAUGUUCGUGGAAUGUCAUUGGACUCCCUGCUUCCAAGGUCUUUUUUAUGCUUGAGGAGUUUACCUCUGAGAAGUAG